AAUCUCCAUCGUAACGAUCAAAACGAAAAAGGCCGACCUGCUAGUACGAUCGAAAGUUCGAAACGAUCUUGCGCCCAUGGCGUCACGGUUGCUGCUCCGGCUCCGCACCUUCCGCCGGGCUCCUCCUUCUCCCGCGCUUCCUCGCCUCGCCGGCGCUGGCGGUCUCCACCAUCGCUCGCCGCUGGAGGUGCGGCAUCAUCUUCAUGUCAUGUUGCCGCCGAGAGUAGCAGCCAACGGCAGGCGGUGGUUUGGAGGAGGAUCACAUGCCCAUUCGUGGUCGUCUUCCAAGUCAAAGCCACUCGGCCGCCUCAUCGUUGGGAACGUGAUCUCCGCCGCGUCCUUCUCCGCCGCCGGCCUUCUCACUGCCAACAAGAAGUCAGACAAGGAAUCGCCGCCCAUGGGGCCAAAUAACCAUGGAAGCAACAAGGACAAGAGGAACUGCACCGACGCUCUUAUCGCCAUCAAUUUCCUGGUUCAUCUGGUGGACGUAGCAACAAAACGAAAGCUAUGUAUGCUGGGAGCUAAGAGCAACGACUUGAUAAAAAAGGGGGAGAUAUGGCGUCUGGCAACAGCAGCCGUUCUUCAUAAGGAUUUUACUCACUUUGCUAAUAACAAUCGCGCUUUGGAGGAGCUUGGGCCUAUGGUGGAAGAGGUUACCGGAACUAGAAGAUUUCUAGCUAUUUAUUGCACCUCGGCAUUAUCAGGUUCGCUGAUGAGUUACUGGUUUAACCCCGCACGUUCUAUUGGUGCAUCCGGUGCUAUUUGUGGAUUGAUUGGUGCAAAAGCAGUUUAUAUGUGGAGGCACCGGGAGUUUGUGGACAAGGCAAAUGAAACUCUAGUGGAUAUUGCACUUGUGGUUCUCAUUAAUCUGGCAAUUGGCCUCUUCUUAAAGCACGACAUUGACAACUGUGGACAUUUGGGAGGCUUGCUUGGGGGAGCGGCUGUCGAAUGGUUUGUAGGUCCACAUUGGAAGAAGCAUGCUGGGCCGUAUGCACGGGAGGCGUUCCAAGAUAGGGCACCCCUUGUUUGGUUCACGAACAAUUAGAAGACCAUAGUUACUUCUUGGCUUGUACAUUGAAUCAACAUGCCCCUACACAAAUACCCAUAUUAAUUAAGCAGUUGGAGUGUCGUUUACAAAGUGCAGACAUCUCCUAGUAGUCUCCAGAAUCUAGCUAGAUUCCACACUUGCAAUGGAGCCUACUGUACUAGUGUUUAGAUGCAGUUGUGGCCGUUUUUUGUUAACCAAUACUACAA